AUGAGUAUGCCGUUUAGAGCUGUUCUACUCAUCUCUUGUGCUGGAGCUGCAUUAGCACAAUUCUAUACCCUUGGCGGAUAUGCGUGUUCUCAGCCAAUUUUAUACAUUCAGUGUGGAUGCCCAUCGUUUUGUGGAUCGUAUGGAGGUGGAGGUGGUUACGGGGGCGGGUUUCCCGAUUAUAAUACCUGGUCUCGACAACAUCCUCAUAAGAAGCGAAGAAGACAUCACAAGAAGAAAAAAUUCCGUUUUGAGACAGCUGAGGAGCCAGAUUCAUCAGAACUCUCCCCACCUCCAUCCAAGCCAGAAGAUAAACCAGAUAAGCCGAAAGGUUCGAAACAUUCCUGGGAAGACGAGGAUGAUUGGGAAAAGAAGUUCGUAAACCCGAAGUCAAAAAGCAGUGCCCCUAAAGGCUCAGAAGAACUACCAGAUAUCACUAGUGAAGAGAUAUCUUCUGCAAAAUCUCGCCUGAAAAGCAAAUCAGAUGAUAAAGAAAAUCAGCAAAGUUCAGCUUUAUCACCAGCUGUUAAUACUCACCCCAGAGGAGGAGCAGUUGGCGAGGCCGGAGAUGUUGGUGGUCCUGUCAGUACUAAU